GCUACGGGCGCCAAGAUGGCUGCCAUGGUUGUAGAGUUUAGGUGUGAAGACGAUAUUCACGGUGAAUCUUCAAAUAAAUAUUUUGUGAUAGAUAGAUACGACGAUACAGAAGUGUAUCAAAAGUUCAGAUUUCAUCGUCGUGUCUUUCUAGAGAUGGUAGCUGAAUUUGCCUUCGACCUGGAAACUUCAAAUAGAGACCACAACAACAGAAAGUCUACUCGUCGUUUGUUUUUGCGUGAUAUGCUUACCUCAGAUCAAAUAUCCACAAUGAGAUUGAUUUUGUUGCUUUGUGUCCUUGGAGUUGGAAUCCACUGUCAGACCAUAUUUCAAGAUUGCCCCACUGAUUGGUUGAAGAAUGGGAAUAAUUGCUUGAAGUUUGUCGGUUACCCUCGCUUGCAGUUGAAUGGUGCAACGGCUUUUUGCAGGGGCCUGAGUGCAACAUUGGUUAGCAUUAAUGAUCCUCAAGAACAUACAUUCAUUACUGGGUGGCUGGAAAAGAAUGAUGGCAGAAGGGACACAUGGCUUACAAGUGGUAUUGUGAGCAAUGGAGUCAGGUGGUUAGGUGAUGGAACAGGGCCAGUUUCAUUCAACUAUUGGCUGCCAUCAUAUGUUUCUGUACCAAAAUUGGAGGGUGAUUCUGUGAACUACGCCUUUUCAGGUAUUGAAUAUGGAUGGGGAAUUGCAGACACUGGAAAGAACUCAUCUUUUAUCUGUGAAAUUCCACUUUCAGAGGUUUACAAGAUUGGUGGGGAAGCAAGAGAUUUUGAUUAUGGUCUUGAUGUUGAAGAUCCUUAUCUUGCUCCCAGAGGUCCAAAGUUCAUAUUUGAGCCUGUGGAAACAACUAUAUUGUCUCUUGCAACGACAGCUGCCUACUUUGACUGUCAGGCUAGUGGCUCACCUGAACCAGAAUAUACAUGGUUACGGGGAGAUGGCGCAAAUAUGAAUGUUCUUAAGACAGGACCUGGCACAAGAUUUGCAUUAACUGGUGGCCGUCUCACAAUUGAUUUUCCCAUUAUGUCAGAUGAAGGAGUAUAUCAGUGCAAGGCUUACAAUCAGUUUGGCUCUAUACUAAGCAGGCGUGUCUCUUUAUCCUUUGGAACCAUUGGUGAAUUCUCCAACAUCCCAACAUCUGAUAUAACUGGAGAACUAUAUAAUGGAGCUGUCAUAAACUGUCCAAGAAUAACAGCAAAGCCAGCAAUCAGCUACCAAUGGUACAAGAACAGCAUUCAGAGUUUCAUUCGCUCAGAGGUUCAAGCACACACCUUCAUCUCGAACAAUGGAAAGCUAUAUUUCUCAGAGUUGGCAUCAUCUGAUAGUGGUACCUAUUACUGUAUAGUAUCCCUUACAACUGAAGGUGGCAGAGGAAAUUACAUUGGUUCUUCACAAGAUGUCAGCCGCACCAGCCUGGGCUUUUCCUUAGUUGUGAAAUCUGGUGGAAAUAGCCAGUUCCAGCCUGUUAUUCAAGAUGACUUCAUCAACGUAUACCCUGGGAAUCCUAAACAAGGACAGACGAUUCAGAUGGAGUGUUUUGCCUAUGGCACGGGCCCUCUUGUGUACCAGUGGUUUCGUGUUGGAAAAGAUAUGCCUGCCACAGCAACAUUUUCUUCUACAAGGCGUGUGUUGACUAUAACAAAUGUACAGUUGGAAGAUAGUGGGCAGUAUAAAUGCAGGGUAGAUAGCAGAACUACUCAUUUGUCUGAUGAAAAAACUUAUGUUCUGAAUAUACAAGCUGAACCCUAUUUUUCUUAUCCACUUGAUGAUCAGCAUGUGGAUGUUGGAGGAAGACUUACAUGGCAUUGUGAGGCACGAGGCAAACCAACACCUACCUAUUUAUGGUAUAAAAAUUCACAACUAUUGCUCAGCUCUUCUGGAGUGACAGUAAAUGGGAAUUCUUUGACUAUUGAAGUGCUGCAGAAAGAGAGAGAUGAUGGCAUGUACCAGUGUGCUGCCAAAAACUUGUAUGGAGUUGCAUUUAGCUCAGCACAGAUACGUGUAUUAGAAUUUGCACCAACAUUUGCAAAACACCCUGUGGCAGCUUCGUUAUCAGCAGCUGUAGGUGGUAAUGUUACCAUCAUCUGCAAUCCUGAAUCAGCACCAGCACCAACAUAUCAGUGGUACCGCAAUGAUAUUGAUCUGCAGCUUCAGCAAGGAGGCAGUGCUAACAAUAGGUUGCAACUGUUUCUAAAUGGAAAUCUUCUAAUUACUGAUGUCAAUUUGGGUGACCAAGGCAAGUACACAUGCAAAGCUACCAACAGCAAAGGCACAGCACAGUCAUCUGGUAUCCUCCGUGUAUUUGAGUCUGUAGUGAUUUCUCAGCGACCUCAAAGUGUGACAGUGGAAGUGAAUAGCACUGCCACUCUUACAUGCAGCAGCUCUUCACCAAAUAAUGUUGAUGUUGUCUAUGCUUGGUACUUUGGUGAUCACCUCAUCGACUUCAGUAUUGACAUCGAGUUCCGCAUGGGAUCUGGUGCCACAUCAGGUAACCUUUACAUCAUUGGGGCUCAGUUUAAGCAUGAGGGAUUAUAUACCUGUCAGGUAACAUCAGGAACAACUGCUGUCUCCUCUUCUGCCUACUUAACAGUACGAGGUCCACCAGGAGAGCCAGCAGGUGUGUUUCAGGGAGACAAUUUAGGUCUUGACUAUCAGGUAGUAGCACCCUCUGAUCGUGUUGUGCAGCUAUACUGGUCAGAUGGAGAUUCACAUGGCAGCAGCAUUCUUGCAUAUACUGUCGAGUUCCGAACAAAUUUUGAUCAGAGGUGGCGCACACAUCCACAAGCAGACAGAGUGAGCAUUGCUAAUGUCCAAAGCAUUGAAUAUCCUGACAAACGAACUAUUUUUCUUCAUAAUCUGAAACCUGGAGCUGGCCACGAGUUUCGUGUUUCAGCAAUCAAUGCUUUUGGCAUAGGAGCACCUAGUUUGCCAACAGCUAUGAUCCAGGUUCCUGGUAUUCCACCAAAUGUGGCACCAUCAGGUAUAUCAGGUGGAGGUGGCAGUGUUGGAGAUUUAUCAGUAAUAUGGCAGCCCAUGGCCCCAGAGGAUCACAGUGGGCCUGGCUUGCGUUAUGUAGUACACUGGCGUGAAAAGCAAGCUUCAGUUGAGUCUGAUACACGCUGGAAUCAGAAAUCUACAAGUCCAGAUGAAGCUUGUUUUCAGAAAACAGACACGGAGAAAGGACUCAUCAGCCUUUGCAGAUUUGUGGUUCUUGUGGGCCGGGAAUUCUUUUAUAAACCAUAUGAAGUUAGAGUACAAGCUGCCAAUGAUUAUGGUUUGGGUGUAAUAUCUGACAUUGUUACCAUCAUGUCAGCAGAAGAAAUGCCUUCUGGUACUCCAAGAAAUGUUAUGUCUGUGAGUUAUAAUGCUACAGCCCUCAUGGUGUACUGGACUCCAGUGCCUAACACACGAGAAUACAUGAAGGGAAAACUUUUAGGAUACAGGAUAAACUACUGGAUGCGUGACAAUGAAACAGAGGAUCAAGCUAGAUAUAAUUUUAUCCGAAUACCGUGGGGCAUGGACAACAUUGACCAUGGCCUCAUUAUUGGUCUUUUUCCUAGAGAUUGGUAUAUAGUUAAUGUCCAGACAUACAACUCUGCAGGCUUUGGCCCCAAAAGUGAAGACUAUCCUCAGCAAACAACCAACUCUGCCCCAGCUCUGUAUCCUACUGAAGUAUAUGUUUACUCCAUUGAAGGAACAGGGCUACAAGUAAAUUUCAGGGGCAUCAGUACAAAUGUAGCAGAAGAACCUUUGAUGGGGUAUAAGGUUCAGUACUGGCCAAGUGGAGAAAAUAUCCGGAAAGCUCAAGAAAUGGAUAUUGGACGUAGCAAUCAAGCAUUACUAACUAAUGUAUCAGAAUCAGUCCUUUAUGAACUUCGCAUAUUUGGAUACAGCCGUGGUGGACAAGGCAAGAGAAGUUCACCUACAGUCUACUUUACUGUUGGAGAGGGCCAGCUAAUUUAUAACCCAGAAACAACAGAAGUCAUGGCUGGGAACAUCAUGCUGAAAGCUUCUGCUUACACAUUGGUUAUGGGAUUGCUGUGUUUUUUAAUGUAUAUGCAUCACUAAUUUGGAAUUGUUUUAUAAAUAAGACAAGCCACAUUUGAUCAAUUGAACUCCAUAUCAUUUAUCAAAUCACUUUUCAGAAUUGUUUGAAGGACACGAUACAGUUUUGUAAAUUGUUAUUGGCUCACAACUUGGCACUUUUAGUUUUGAUUCUCUUUCCCUAAAAUAAUUUUUUUUUGAGAUGUUCAUGUACUUACAAAUCAUAAUGACAUGAAAAAUGUUUGUUACAACAUUGUGAUGAUGAUUAGGUCCAGUUCUCUCAUCAAAUGUGUUUCAAGAGGACACCUGUUCAAGAAUCAAAUACAAAAGGUAGUUUUGAACUGCCUCUGUGGUAGAGGGGCAUGGACUUCUUUCUAUCUUUUGUGACAGUGAUGAAAGUAUAUCAUGAGAUGUCUGUCCAUUCAGUACCUGUAAUUCCUCACCCACAUAAAACAUCAUUAUAUGUAUAUAUGCCAUUUUUAUUAAUUUUCCUUAUGCUUAACAUUUAAAGAAAUCUUUGUUCUGUAUAACAAACACUCUAUCACUUCCUCAGUUACUGUUUUUUAUGUUGAUAUUAUCAGUAACAUUACCUUACAAAUGCAUUGCAAUAUUACAUACUAUUCAUUAAGAAAGUUUGCUCAUCAGAAUGCUUAUAAAAGAAGUGGGAUUGUGGGCCAAGGAUAUUUUGAGAAUUAACAUUUAUGUUCUGAUAUUUUUUCCCUCAUCAGCUACGCAAAGAAAAGUGUUUUUUUAUUAUCUUACUUUGCAGACAUGUCACAUUCUCAAGCAUUACAGAAUUCUUUAGUUAUUCUAAUUAUACCAUUAACAUUUUUUCAAUUGUUCCCUGCUUAUUAAAAUACAUAUAUAAUACUUUAAUACAAGAAUCUAAUUGCAUUGUUAUUCCUUGCCUCCAUUCUUUGGGGUAAUAAAAAGGCAUUCCAAAAUCUAAUGUUUGAUUUAUAUUCUGUAAGAUUCCAGAAAUAAUAAUUCAUUAGGUAUGUGAAAACUAAUUUAGAUGUUCCUUGAGUUUAACAAAUGUACUGUGGAUCAGUCUUGCAGAACCUCAGAUUAUAAUUUUUUCAUCAUUCAAAUGUCUUAAUUUGAAAAGACAAAAUAUUUGCUUUAUUUAAGGUGUACAUAAUGUUUUAUGGUUUUAAAGGUUUUUGAGUUUUUCUAUUUAAAAAAAAUGAUAUUAUUGUCUUCAUGUGUACUUUGCCUGCCAUUAUUGCAGGACUGAAAUAUUGUACAUAAGCCAUACCAAUUUGGCUUUAUCUUUUAUUUGGACGGGGAGGUCUUUUUCCUUGAUGAACUUUUUUGUGUGUGGGGGUGGGUGGGUGUGAUGUAGAUGAAUUUCAAUCUUUUGAGAGUAAAAGUUUUUCAGGAUGUAAAUGCAUUGCAGAAAUAGUACCUGUAGAUUUCCAGUUGGUUUUUAAUUCUCCACAAUAAGUAAAUAUUUAGAUUAUUUUUGUUCCUGAGCUUUCCAUCAUUUUUAUUGCCUUUUAAUGUAAUUUUGAUAAUAAAUAUUCACAUUUUUUUUUGUUUACUAAACAAAAUUUGUUUUUACAAGAUGAAGAUCUGAUGUUACUGUAAAAAAAAAAUACCCAAACUGUGUAAUUAAGUAUUCAUGCAAAAUCUCUGGUGUAUGUUCAAACUGUUGCAUAUUUUGUUUUUAACAAAUGCAUUAAAAUUUUUGAAAGCUUUUUUUUUUUUAAUUGCUUGUGUUCAACAAUGUUGACAAAAACCUUGACAAGCUCUUAUUCUGUGCAAGUAAACCCUUGUGAACAAAGAAGAAAUUGGUGAUUGUUAUGCAGCCAGUGCUUACUGAACCUUGUGUAGGGUAGAGUAUGCUGCCUUGUUGAACACUAGCUGCUAAUAUGAAAUAAUCACCAUGCUGUCAUUGAAGUAGACUGCUUUUGGCAUAUAGAUGUUCUACAACUUUGAUUUAGUUAGCGCAUAGUGAUUACCCAUAGCAAGUCACAUUUUAUUGAAUACCUUUUGAAAGCCAAUAUCAUGUAUGUUUUUUAUGUCUUCCCUUCUGUGCCUUGUCUUCUUUAUGUUUCCCAAAGUCUGGCAGUCUGAUCCCAGGUCUCAAUAUUAAGGUUUCAGAUCAUGUGUGAGUUGACUCACACUGGUGAAGUGUACAGAUGUUCCAGUAAUUUCUAUAAAGUUUUUAUAUUCUU